AUGGAGGUGGUGGGCGGGCUGGAGGUGGGCGAGCUGACCGCCGCCUUCGCCCACCUGCCCGUCUUCCCCGUCUUCGACCUGGCCUACUUCGUCGUCUCCAUCCUCUACCUCAAGUACGAGAAAGGGGCCGUUGAGCUGUCCCGCCAGAGCCCGUUGGCCUCCUGGGUCGUCGCGAUGCUCUACUGCUUUGGCAGCUACAUCCUGGCCGACCUGCUUCUCGGAGAAGCCCCCGUCGACUACUUCAGCAACAAUGCCAGCGUGCUCCUGGCCACUGCAGUCUGGUACCUGACUUUCUACUGUCCCCUGAACCUCUUCUACAAGUGUGUGGCUUUCCUGCCUGUGAAACUGGUCUUUGUGGCUAUGAAGGAGGUCGUCCGAGUGCGCAAGAUCGCCGUGGGGGUCCACCACGCCCACCACCACUACCACCAGGGCUGGCUCGUCAUGAUCGUCAUUGGGUUUGUCAAAGGUUCUGGAGUUGCUUUGAUGUCAAAUUUUGAGCAGCUGCUGCGUGGAGUCUGGAAACCGGAAACCAACGAGCUUCUGCACAUGACUUUCCCGUCCAAAGCCAGUCUGUACGGAGCCGUCCUCUUUACCCUGCAGCAGGCGCACUGGCUGCCCGUCUCCAAAGACAGCCUCAUCUUCUGCUUCACUCUGUUCAUGAUCACCUGCAAGGUGUUCAUGACGGCGACUCAUUCUCACGGCUCCCCAUUUGCACCUGUGGAAGGAGUUUUGUGUCCGGUCCUCUUCGGCUCCGUGCCCUCCGGCCACAAUGACCACCAUCACGACCACCACCACGGAGGCUCCCCUGAACCGCCCUCCCCCCCCACGCCCCUGGUGCCAGCUAAAACACGGGAUGAGCUGAACGAAGGAGCCCGGAAGCGGAAGGCCAAGAAGGCGGAAUGAG